AUGUCAGCUGGUGGGAGGGGGAACUUCCUGUUGAGGGAACAGGUGUUUGUACUCAGAAAGAUGAUGUCAUUGUCAGGCUGAGUCACCUGAGAGAGGACAAACAGAUGAUGAAGUGAGACAUGGUCUUCGUCUUUGACAGGUCUGAAGCCAGGAAACACUCGUGAUGCACGAGAGGAAGCAAGAGAAGGAGCUCCAUCUGUUUACCAAGACCUGUAAUGAAGAUGAGCUGAUGAAGAGGAUGAGACGUAGAUGAGGUCAUGUUACCUGCACCGUUCUAAGUUGGUGGAGUCAGCAAAAUAGAGAAAAACUGUUGGAAACAUGAACUGAUCCCUGAAAUCAAGAAAAAGCGCCUCACCAUUUAUAAACUUUCUUUCAUCAUCUGCAAAAACAAGCUAAUUUUCCCCUUCUAUAAUCUACUCCAUUUAUUUAUUUAUUUUACCUUUUUCCUGUUUUUCUGUCUCCUAUCCAUAUUUUUUCAUCAUGUUUUUAUUUUUAUCCUCUCAGUUGGAGGAAGUGACUCCAUCUGUUCUGAAACAAGAACGAAUGGCAGGAAGUUAAUUCCUGUGGGGAGAGGGGGGGCAGUGGGGUGAAGAUGUCAUGGAAAAGGAACUAUUUUGCAUCAGGUGGCGGCAUAGGAAGCACUGCUGAUGGCAGAGGUGUCGCUGGAAUCUUGACGCCACACACAAUGACAACCGUUGCUCCGAGCAAAGGUUUAAGCAACGAACCAGGACAGAACAGCUGUUUCCUGAACAGUGCACUCCAGGUUCUAUGGCACCUCGACAUCUUCCGUCGUAGUUUUCGUCAACUGACAACUCAUAAGUGUGUUGAAGACUCGUGUAUUUUCUGCGCUCUGAAGAGCAUUUUUGCACAGUUCCAGUUCAGCAGCAGCAGAGUUUUACCAUCCGAUGCUUUUCGCAGUGCCCUCGCCAAAACCUUUCAGGACAAGCAAAUGUUUCAGCUGGGAAUAAUGGAUGAUGCAGCAGAAUGUUUUGAGCACAUCCUGAUGAGGAUUCACUUCCACAUCUCUGAGGAGAGUAAGGAAGACAUGUGCACGGCCAUGAACUGUAUCCCUCACCAGAAGUUUGCCAUGAUGCUUUAUGAACAGUGUGUAUGCAGCAGCUGUGGAGCUUCUUCAGAUCCUUUGUCCUUCAUUCAAAUGGUUCACUACAUUUCCACCACAUCCUUAUGUAAGCAGGCGGUGAAGAUGUUGGAGUCGAGACAGAAAGCCACUCCAAGCAUGUUUGGAGAGUUGUUGAGAAACGCCAGCAUGGGAGAUCUCCGCCACUGUCCUAGUCGUUGCGGUCAGCAGCUCAGAAUGGGACGUGUUCUUCUCAAUAGUCCAGAGAUAAUCACCAUCGGUCUGGUCUGGGACUCCGAUCACUCAGAUCUGGCUGAAGAUGUCAUUCACACACUGGGAACGUGUCUGCGUCUCGGGGAUUUGUUUUACAGGGUGACAGAGGACAAGGCCCGUCACUCAGAGCUCUACCUGGUGGGUAUGGUCUGUUAUUAUGGGAAACAUUACUCCACCUUCUUCUUCCAGACAAAAAUUCGACGAUGGAUGUACUUUGAUGACGCUCAUGUGAAAGAGAUUGGUCCAAAGUGGAAGGACGUGGUUUCUCGCUGUAUUAAAGGUCACUACCAGCCACUGCUACUGCUCUACGCUGAUCCUCGUGGAACACCGGUGUCUGUCCACGACACAACUUCGUGUCUGGACCUGAAGCAGAUGACAAAGAGCGACUGCGACAGUGAGGACUCAGGCCGUGAGCCCUCCAUCUGCAGUGACACACGCACCGACUCCUCCACAGAAAGUUCUUCAUAUCGAUGCCGCACACGACCUCAUUCUGAGUCUGUCAUGAGUCACUGUUCCUCCGACUGUCAGGGCUCAGUCACCAGCAGGAACCAGCCAGAGGAGGCGCCGCACACCUCGCUCUGCAGCUCAGAGAUCAUUGGAGAGACAUUGAAAGAGCAGCAGGUUUCUCGUCACCUCCCAAAAUCUUCCUCCUCUACCUCCUCCACCAGUCGCCUCAGGGACUUGAAGGAGACCAUGAGCAACAUCUUACAUAGUCGGACCCUGUCCUCUUCUUCUUCCUCCGCUUCAAUUCCUGUUCCUGACCACUCCUCUGAAAGCUCCACCUCCUACAGUAGCUCCCAGCAGGCCUUUUCCACCUCCCCUCACUGCUUCUCUAGUAAACCACAGGACUGGGAGGCCGGUAGCACAAGCAGUGAGUCCAAGUCUAGCUCUAUUGGAUCGGGAUCAGGCAGAAAUCGGCCUGCAUGGAAACCCCGAAGAGAAGCUCUAAACAUUGAUAACAUCUUUACGAGACGACGCCAGGCAGGAUACAGCCAGCUCAGCUCGUCGCUGUUCGACGACUCUGUAACAUCAGCUAAAGAUGUCGAGUUUUUAUCCAAAGCUCCACAGAAGCCGCUCACUUUCAGGCCUGGUUUUUCCAGGACUCUCUCCACAUUCAGCAGCCACAGAUCAGUAGCAGGGGGAGGCGCAGAGAUCCCUGCUACUCUUCCUUGUGCCCCUUCUCAUGGGCUGAUCCAGAGGAUGGAGAGUGGCUAUGAAAGCAGCGAGAGAAACAGCAACAGUCCUAUCAGCCUUGACUUGAACUUGGACCUAAACCUCAAUCUGGGAGAGAGAGAGUUUCCUGUAAAGACUGGAUCAACUUCUUCAUCUUCCUCCUCCUCUACCCAAUCCUGGAGAAACAUCAGGUCAAAGAGCAGUGGCGCUUUGCUGCAGGAGCUUCAUUCUGCCAACAGAGGGAGCCAUGUUCUUGCUGGUGGCCGCAGUGAGCUGGAUGAGCUGCAGGAUGAGGUGCUACGGAAAGCAAAAGAGAAGGAGCAACAGCAGCGGCAAGAGAAGGAGAAGGAGUUGGAGCACGGCUUUAACCCACGACCCAGUAAAUACAUGGACCUGGACCAGGUCCUGGACCAGCUGCAGGUCCAAGGUAGAGAUGAUAGAUAUGAGCGUCAUGUGUCAGAGGCAGAACUUCUUCUGGACCAAUCAGUGCGUCUGGAGCAGGGGGGUGACGUCACUGCUGCUCUGUCAGCUGUCAAUGAAGCAGUCUCCAAACUGCGGCCAGCUCUGUCUGUGGGUGGCGCUAGUAGUCAAACAAGGCUGCAGCGUAGCCUGAGGAGAGCUCACAGUCUACAGCAGCGCAUGUCAGUCAGACAACAGCAACAGGAAGAGGAGGAGCUUCAGAAUUCCACCAGUGAAAAGCCUCUCCCGCUCCAAAUACUUCUGACAGACAGAGGAAGUGACCAGUCAGCUGAUCAGCUUCCAUCUCGUCCUGCAUGCCCUCCUAAGCCCCUCUCCACCCAACACGAAGCAUCAUCCGAGCCUUUCUCCUGUGGUGCAGUGUCACAAUUUCCUAAGGACGACACCAGGACUAUCAGCUCCUGUGGUCAUUUUCAGAAAACACUUCCUGUUCAGUGUGUAAACACUCCUCCUCCCCUGGCCCCUACAUUAGAGGCCACAGAGCCCUCCACACAGUGGAAGACAGCACCUCCUGUCAUUGUUCGAGCACAAGCCCCACCCUCAACAAAGCUGCAGCGUCAUACCUCAUCACCAGUGAAUUCAAACAACACCUGUCGCCUGAUGAAGACGAAGAUUCUUGAUGAUCCUUCUCACUUGGCUCCUGAGGAUCCGCCCCCUCUCAUUGAUCAUGUUGAACCCCCGUCUAAAACUACACCACCACUGUAUGACUGUGCUGACACAAGCCCUCAAACAUCGCCUCCUGUGGUCAGAGUUUCCGGUCCAGUGAUGUCUCCACCCUCUAAACAGGAAGUCCUCUCUUCCUCUCUGCCCUCAGAGUGCUGGCUGGAAAAUGCCAGUAGACACUUUGUUCCCAAAAAUGCACAAUUGGAAGGGGAAACGGCGCCCCCUGGUGAGGGACCUUCAGAGCUGGAUUUAUUGUACCAGGCCAGUUUGCAAGCUCCCAGCAUGCACGGGGAAAGACACCAACUCAAACCUCAGCUAAACAAAAACAGACCAGCUGCGUUCAGAUCCCUGUCAGGAUCAGAAUCAGGUUCAAAAACGAUGCCGGUGAAGGAGAGACUUGUCUACAGAUCAGCAUCACCUGUACAUCAGCCCCCUGCAGGUGAAGACCUGAAUAGUCCUGAGAACUUGAGACGACUCACCCACAGUUUAAUCAUCGGACCACGUCCACAGAGCCAGACUCCCUCCUGUUUUGCUUUUUCCCCUCAGUUGAAACCUGGCCCUGACCUCCACCCCUCCCGCACCCCCAGUCAUACUCGCACCUCCUCCCUGAAGCUUCAUCCUUGCACAAAUCCCUCCUUUGACAACCCCAGUCUUUCACCUGCUCCACAGCGCCCCCCGACAAAGACAUCGAGUUCUUACAACCAGAGUUUUUCCAACUGGAGUCAAACAGAACCCAGACGUGGACGCCAGGGUUGUUAUCAGACUUCAUUAGGUAAUGGUGUCAACAGUGUUGCACUGAGUUACACCACGCUGCCCCGGGCUCUUCCCCGCGCCACCCCUCCUUCUUCCACGUCCUCCACCGUCCUCCACCAGCGCAGCCAGGUUCCCUCUGCUGGUUCACAUGGUCUCUACGCGACGCUUUUCCAUCCACGCCGCUUUGUAAACACCGUCACAGCAGGUGGCAGGCACUGUAGACGUCAGUCACUGCCCAGUGACCAGCCUCUUCCUCCAGACACAUCACCUGAGAUGGACUGGCACCGUGACUCUGAGACCAGGACGGUUCAGCUCAGUCCUUCCUGAGAGCACUGUGUUACACAAGGUCAGCAGACUAACACCUUUUCUCCACCACAGGGACUUUUUGAUCUGCUUGUUCUGCCAGGAACCUCCUGCUAAGCAGUACCAUCACCACAGCUCUUGUGCCAGGCUCAUGCACUUGAGCCUGGCAUGUUAACUGAUCAGGCCUGAUGCUUAGACCCCAGGCUAAAGUACAAACACAUUUGCUGACAAUUGGUUUUAAUUUGAAGAUUGGUCUAACAGUGAGUUCAAGUCGUGAAGCUAUCCUCCCAACAGUCUGGUCUUCAUGGUGGCUCCGUUUGUAUUUUGAAUCAAGCCUCGGUGUUUUAGUACUGACUGUGUGUAAGUACCUUACACCUCCUCUGACCUCUGGACAAGGUCAUGUCUGAACUCUCUGGUUAAAACAAGUUGACCUUCAUUUUAUCUACUGUAGUUGAUUUUCUCUGAAAUAAUAUUUAAUGACAGACGUGUGCGUAAUCCUCACCAGGAGAAAUGAAGUACACGAAAGCCUAGUAGCCUAGAGACAGAAGGUGGAUUCCCCACUGGUUCCUGUUUGUUUAUACUGUUCUCAGUCAUGUAGGGUUUAAUUGUACUCCUGUACACCUGUUCAGCCUUUCUGCAGUGGGUUGGUCACAUGACGCGUGAAGCCUCGCCUGCAUCCAGCUGAGACCAACCUGCGUUCCUUCUUUCUCUUUUGGAGAAUUGUAAAUGAAACCGCUUUACUUUGAUGACAUUAGCAGCUAAUAUUUAGCAUGAAUGUUCUAUUCUACUCUCACAUAUAAAGAUGUUUAUUAGAGCAGUUUGACUGUUUUUACAGCCUUUAGCUGUGUUUUGCAGCUGGGUUUAUCAGUGUUUUACUAUAAUCCCAACAAAUGCAGUUGACUUCGCUCUUGUACUGCAUCUGACUGUGUUUUGACUGUAAGCCUCAAUUUUGCAGUGACUCCACUGUGUUUCUCUACAUUUAUUUUCUGAAGUGCUAAAAAAAAAAUCUUUCUUUCUUAAAAUGUUAUUUUCUGACCCUACCCACCUAUCACUCCACGUAAAGCAAAACAAACAUACCCAAACCUGAGCUGUACCUCAAAAAAACACAGAAGCCUGAACGGUGCCUUUAAGGUACAAAGUCGUGACUAUUCUUUUAACA